AUGGACAAAGAAUGGAUGUCAGCUGAUAGGAUGUCAGUAGAAUAUAUAAAAGGUGUCGAUGAGUUUCUUAAAUUUAGUUUGGAUCAUGCCAAAGAUCCAAACUAUAUUUGUUGUCCUUGUAGUAAGUGUGGAAAUAUGAAAAAGAUGACUGCCACAAUAAUAAAAGAGCACUUAUAUUUCCACGGGAUAGACAAAAGUUAUAAAAUAUGGUAUUGGCAUUAUGAAGAGCUUCAUGUUACUCCGAACCCUCCUAUGAUGAAUGAAGAUCGAAAUUAUAGGCAAUUGGAUCCUGAGGAUAAUUUAGAUGAAAUGAUUGAUGAUGCAUAUUAUGAAUCAGAAGUAGAUCCCAUUAAGUUUGAAAAUCUUCUUAAUGACGCUGAAAAGCCGAUUUACUCUGGUUGCACUAAAUUUUCAAAGUUGUCAGCCCUUCUUAGAUUGUACAAUAUAAAAGCAAAAAAUGGAUGGAGUGAUAAGAGUUUCACGGAAUUGUUAGUUUUUUUGAAAAAUUUACGGCCUGAAGAAAACGAGAUGCCCGUAUCAUUUUACGAGGCUAAGAAAACUAUGUGCUCAAUAGGCUUGCAAUAUGAAAAAAUACAUGCUUGUCCUAAUGAUUGCGUAUUAUAUCGGAAUAGCCUUGUAGAUGCGAAUUCGUGUCCUACUUGUGGUGUGUCCAGAUGGCAAAAGAAAAGGAAUUUAGAGGAAGUUAAGGAAGGAGUACCAGCAAAAGUUUUGUGGUAUAUUCCUCCAAUUCCUCGUUUGACUCGAUUUUAUCGAAAUGUUGAUCAUGCUAAGAAUUUGACUUGGCAUGCAAAUGAGAGAAUAAAGGACGGUAGACUUAGACAUCCUGCUGACUCACCAGCGUGGAAGACAGUGGAUUUUGAAUGGCCUUCAUUUGCCAAUGAACCUAGAAAUAUUCGUCUAGCUCUUUCUACGGAUGGAAUUAAUCCUCAUACUUCUCUUAGUAGUAAGUAUAGUUGUUGGCCUAUUAUGCUAGUCAUAUAUAAUUUACCGCCAUGGCUUUGUAUGAAAAGGAAGUUUACCUUACUGACCUUACUGAUAUCUGGACCUAAACAACCUGGUAACGAUAUUGACGUCUACUUAGCUCCCCUAAUUGAUGACUUGAAAACUUUAUGGAAUGAAGGAGUUAGGGCUUAUGAUGCAUACCGAAAAGAAGAAUUUACCCUUCGAGUGGUGUUGUUGUGGACAAUCAACGACUUCCCCGCUUAUGGAAAUUUAUCUGUUCCUUUGACUGGGAAUCAAGUACUUAAUAAAGUAUCUGUAAUUCAGUUUAAGGUAGGAAAACCUAUUGUUUGUCCAAUUAAGAAGAAGAAGGGUCGUGGAAAGAGUGUUGGCAAGGAUAAGAUUGAAGUUAGUUUGACUAGUGCGGAUGAGUCUACAAGUCCUUGGAAGAAAAAAUCAAUUUUAUUUGAGCUUGAAUAUUGGGAAAAGUUACUUUUGCGACAUAAUUUAGAUGUCAUGCACAUUGAGAAAAAUGUGUGUGAUAGUCUAAUAGGAACUUUGUUAAAUAUUCCAAGUAAAAGUAAGGACGGUAUUAAAGCUCGGAAAGACUUGGCUGCAUUGGGCUUGCGAAAAAACCUACAUCCAAAAGCUGACCCUAAUAGAACAUUUUUACCGGUAGCUUGUUACACACUCACUAAGGAUGAGAAAAAAGAACUUUGCAAUUGUCUAUACAAUAUUAAAGUUCCAGAAGGGUAUUCUUCAAACAUAAGAACGUUGGUGGAUAUGAAGAAUUUGAAUUUGGUUGGCAUGAAAUCUCAUGAUUGUCAUGUUCUAUUCCAACACAUUCUACCUGUGGCUAUUCGUGAAGAAGCCAUUGAAUUUUGUUCAGAAUACUUGCAUGGUGUGACAAGUGUGGGCGAUCAAUCUACAUUAAAUAAAAGUAAUGGUGGUUAUGGUGGAAAAGGUGGUGUUAUAUGCUCAAUAACUCAAGAUGAAAGACAUGAAGCACACUGUCUUGUAUUGCAAAACAUUGAUGAGAUUCAACCUUACAUUGAGUAA